AGGGGAGAGAAAACUGUGGGGCUGAGUUGUGGGAGCUUCCGGCCCCGUCAUGGGAACAGCUUUUAGGGAGCUGGGGGCUUGGGUCAGAGGCUUUGAGGGAGGUGUGGAGAGGGCCUGGGGGGGCCUAGGAAGGAGCCACCUUGGACCCUAAGGAGGGUUUGGGUGGGAAAUCGCCCUCCCUGCCGUUUGGUUACCUGAGCUCCAGGAAGGGAGAGUCCCAGAGCUUGACCCCCCAUCUGGAGAAUGCCGUAAGACAUGGGCUCCCGCAGCAGUAGCAACGCUGGCGCAGGAGGACGGGACAACCAGGGCAGCUGGUUGCCGAGGGACUCUGGGAGCCUGCGUGGCGAGGAAGACGACGACGAGGAUGUGGAUCUGGCCCAGGUACUGGCAUAUCUACUGCGCAGAGGACAUUUUCACCUGAUGCAGGGUGGGGGAGCAGCCAGUGUCCGGGUGUUCCAGACCCUCUCCGACUCAGAUGAUGACAAUGACAGUGCAUGGGAAGGGCGUCUGGGAGAUCACUACAAACCUCCAGUGGACUUGAGACCAGACACCCGUGAUCUGGAGUGCAACGAGAUCAAAACACGCAUCCAUUUGGCGACAGGCAGGCUGGGAACAGGGCGAGUUGACUGCAGUAUCCCCAGACUGCUUUCUCAGCGGGAACGUGGCCUCUGUCAUCAUGGCAGCUUCUCUCCAGGAGAGUGCUCACGAGUUGUGUCACACUUUCUUCCCAACCAGCUGGCCUUCACAGACUUGUAUUCCCAGAAGGCUUUCUGUGGGAUCUAUUCCCGUGAUGGACGAUUGUUUAUGUCUGCUUGUCAAGAUCAAAGAAUCCGCUUGUAUGACUGCACCUAUGGAGCUUUCCGGAAGUUCCGGAGCGUGAAAGCACGGGACGUCGGCUGGAGCGUCCUGGACGUCGCCUUCACUCCAGAUGGGGCCCAUUUCCUUUACUCCAGCUGGUCCGACUACAUUCAUAUCUGCAACAUCUAUGGUGAGAACGGGACCCACACAGCACUGGAUCUGAGGCCUGAUGAGCGCCGUUUUGCCGUCUUUUCCCUUGCAGUCUCCUCAGAUGGAAAAGAAGUUCUUGGCGGGGCUAACUACGGUUGUGUCUAUGUGUUCGACAUGGAGCAGAAUAAGCGGACGCUCAAGAUUGAGGCCCAUGAAGACGACGUGAAUGCCGUGGCGUUUGCCGACACCAGUUCCCACAUCCUCUUCUCCGGGGGCGACGACGCCAUCUGCAAAGUCUGGGACCGGCGCACCAUGCGCGAGGACGACCCCCGGCCAGUGGGGAUCCUGGCUGGACACCAAGAUGGCAUCACCUUCAUAGACAGCAAAGGAGAUGCCCGGUAUCUCAUCUCUAAUUCUAAGGACCAGACAAUUAAGCUGUGGGACAUGCGGAGGUUCUCGGGCCAUGAGGGGCUCGAAGCAUCCCGCCAAGCGGUUACCCAGCAGAACUGGGAUUAUCGCUGGCAGCAAGUGCCCAAAAAAGCACAGCGCAAGUCCAAGCUUCCCGGGGACACCUCCCUCAUGACGUAUCGGGGCCACGGGGUUCUCCACACUCUGAUCCGCUGCCGCUUCUCCCCGGCGCACAGCACAGGACAGCAGUACAUUUAUAGCGGCUGCUCCACCGGCAAGGUAGUGGUCUACGACCUCCUGACUGGCCAUAUUGUGACAAAGCUAACCAAUCAUAAAGCUUGCGUCCGGGACGUCAGCUGGCACCCCUAUGAGGAGAAGAUUGUCAGUAGCUCGUGGGAUGGGAAUAUCCGGCUGUGGGAAUACCACCAAACGGAAUAUGAUCAAGACGACCUGGAGGACCCUCAGCAGCUCCCAAGCACCAGAAAGCUGCCCUAAGCGUUCUCCGAGAAGUAGACCUUCUCCACUGCUUGCCCCCCUUCUCCAGCUUUGGACUUGCUGAGUGGGAGGGGAGGGAAAAAAUCUACAUUGUGCUACCGGUGGCCUUGGAACAGAGGGGGUGGGUGAGAGUGGUUCUCUUCCUAUGCCCCCCAUCAAGCUACACACGUCUUCUGUCCCUUAUAAAUCAAGAGGGUGAUUGGUGAGUGAAGGCCGUCGCCCUCUGAAGAUGCGAAGCAUCAGAUCAUGGACUGAUUGCCAAGGGAGGGAAGAGUUAAUCAAAACAGCCCCCCCCGGUAUAAUUUCUGGAUUUCUUGCUCAGGAGGGUGGACCCUUGUUAUUGAGCUUGGAACCUACCCCUUGGGGGUACACAAAGAUUGAGAUGCAAAAUCAUGGACAAGCCGGAAGCACAACUUCCCCCCCGCAACCCUCUGUGGGUCUUCUUUGGCUUUGAGGAGAGGGAUAAGUGUCCCAAGGGGUGAGACUGGCCGACUGACCUGGCAGAGAAGGUGGAAAAAGACCAGCGCAGGCUCCCUCGUUCCUUUCCGAAUGGCAUGUUAGAGUUCGGGGGGGGCAAGGGUUGGACGAAGGAGCCCUUUCCGGUGCCCACCCUCCUCUUCCCAGUCCAGCGAGCAAAAUUUCCAACCCGGAUCACAGCCAGUCAGGGAGAUUUAUCUUUAUCUAGUCCUGUUCUUCUGUUGUGGCUCCUUGCAGUCGUGAAGUACAACUUUUGGAGCAGAAAUCUUCAGGUGUGGCUUUUUUUCCCCCUCUCCAAGGGUAGAUUUCUCUCUCUUUUCCAGGGAAAUGGCUUGCUCAGGGGUGAUGAAAAUAAAAGUUUCCCAUGUCCAUUGGGGUAUGGAGACUCAUGUCGGACACAUCAUCUCCCAUCUGGCAUCCAGAUGAUCUGGGGUCACCCACACCCCAGAAACUGCCUCCCUCAGUUUGUUUCUCUUCUGUCCCUCUGAUGCUUUUCUCUUUGCAUUGAAAUCUCUCUCACACACACACACACAUCACCUUCGGUCCUCUAGCAUUAACGUGUCUCUUGCACCCCUGGCCCCCUUCCAUCCUUCUGGAGCAUCAGGUUUCUUGAGAAUGGGGUGUUUGGGAAGUUUGUGUUUUGCACCCCUUUCUUACCCAGGCGAAGGUGACCCAACUGUGUCCCAGUUGGGGGAUAUAUCCAGAUAUAUCGGCCUCAUUUUGCUUCCUGUUUGAAACGAUAUAGCUGUUACUCCUCCCCUUGCCACUGCGGUGGAUGUAAAGGGAACAGAGGAGACUUGAAAAUAUUCCCCAGGAUGCACGAUUUGCGCUUAACAAAUAAAUUCAAACUAGAGUGGAGUCCUGUUUUUAAGUUUGGAGUAGAUGGGGCAGGGAUCUUAGUUUAGUUUCUCAGUUUAAAGAGAGAGCUUUUCUGGCCCCUUUGAAAAGAGGGGUUGUUUAUACAAGAUGUGAUGGGAGGGGGAGCGUCCCUGGGCAGAAGGGCGACCUGCCCACCUCCAUCCAUCUGUGCAAACUGGUUGGUGUCAAUAAAAAGUUGCUGAAAUUUUC